AGUUCAAUUGAACUAGUUUGUACAUGCAUUCACAUGCCAAGCGUGCCGGGAAAUCUUCCAAGGAAAAUGAAUGUACCUGAUGUGGAAAACACGGUAAACACCAAUGGCUGCAAUGAGUAUGAAAGUCCCAAUGAUUCAAGGAAGCCAGCGAAAAGAGGCAGACCCAUGAAACGAAGAAUGACCAUUGAUUGCAGAUCAUCACUUAAGGAAGACACCGAAGAAAUUGUACCCAAGCGUGGUCGAGGUAGACCUGUUGGAUCUAAGAACAAAAAGAAACUACUGCAAACUUAUGAGUUUAAGGAAAACUCUGAAGAAAGUGAACCUGUUAGAGAGUUUUCCACAUGGAAGAGGCGAUACACUGUGUGCGGGGAUUCAUACGAUGAAAUAUUCAGAUCGGGAAACGAUGAUGAUAAAGAUUUGGUGAAAACACCUCGUGGCAGAGGUCGUCCAAAGGGUUCAAAAAACAAAAGUAAACUUCCCAAGGCCAUAGAACCAUUUAUAAAAUUUCCACUUAAAAUCCGAGAGGUGAACGGGUCAGAACCUAAUAAUGAUGACAAUAAACCCCAGAUAGAUUCAACGGAAAAUGAUGAUGAAGAUAGAAAUGUUAGCAAAAUAUCCUGCGAAACAAAACACAAGGAAUCUGAGGGUUAUCCAAAAACAUCUGUUGUGGAAAGAGGAAAGGAAAUAGUCGGAAAAAAUAAUUUACUAAAAGAGAGGAACAAUUGUGGGAAGGAGAAUGGUAAAUGCCUAGGAGAAAAUAAUGAAAUUCCUUUAAGUAAUAGGCAAAUGAAAAGCUUGGAUGAUAUGGAGGCCAAAGCUGAUCUAAAUUCCAGCGAUUUUCUAGAUACAAGUCUGAAGAGUAAAAGAGGUAGACCCAAAAAAAGCGAGUCAAUAGGUUUUUCCGAUCUACAAGAAAGUUUUAAUGCUAUGUCCAUUCGUAAGAGACGUUACACUGUCUGUGGGAACGAGAAUCCUUUUGAAGAAAUUCAGAAAAUCGAGCGUAAAAACGAUGCGACGACACCCCGUGCCAGAGGUCGUCCAAAGGGUUCUAAAAAUAAACCCAAAUUAGAGGGUUUCCUAAAAUUGCCAUUUGAUGGUAAAAAUGAAACUUUGAAGAAGACAAAGGCCAGGCUUAACAAAAAUACGGACCCACAAUUAAAUGGUACAAUUCGGGAAACAUUAAUGUCGCCCAUUCGAAAAGAAGAAUCUGCAAAGAAUGGAGUUCAAAUGGUUUCUGCGGAUGUGAAAAAGACAGACACUUUUAGCGCCAAAAGAGAACGACGGAAAAGUGUUUGCUUUCUUUCCAGCAAAGAAAAGAAAAGCAUGGUUCUGGAAAACUUUUUUAACAAAAAUUUUAAAGUCAGUGGUAGUGUUGCGAAACUACCACCCAUUGGCAAGGAAAAGAAAAUUAGAGAUCCAAUGAAGAAAGGGAAAAAUUCUCCAGUAAAUACGAAUUUACUUGAGUCCAGCGACCUACAGCCGACCACUGACAAAAGAACUUUAUCUUCUCCAAAUCAAAGAGAUUCGACUGAAAAAGAAAACAUAGAAAAUCUGGAUAUUACACUGUCAAACAUAAGUAGCGAGACUAAGAUUAAAUCAAAGAAAAAACCCAACAUUCCAGAUGCUCCUGACAAAGGCCAAAAUAAAUUAAAAAUGCAUGAGAUAUCAUCGAACGCUCCCACUACAAAUGAACCGAGCAGACCUGUUACAGAAAAUGAUAUGCAAAGCCUUAGAGGUGAAGAAAUAAAGCAACAGGUUAGUUCGGGGAAGGAACUUGGGAUUGCCACAAAUUCCAAUUCUUUAAAUAACGAAGUCGGAAACAGCGAAGAACCAGUCCAACAAAGCAAUGACUUUGUGCUUCAUAGUUUAAAGGAAAAAGCAAGGAGGACAGGAAACGAUUCUGCAGAGUCUGACUCAACCGCAAAGGAACGACAACAAUCCAUAAUUUACAACAUGUCCACGCCAACUCCAAGCAAAAUAGGGCGAAAGAAAAAGGAUGGGGGAAACCAACUCCCCGAUAAUCAGCGUUUUAGGGAAGAUCAAUUAAGGGCCUAUUCCGAAAAAAGUACAGCUCAAAUUGACUCCAUUCACACUGGGGCUGAGCAAAUGCCCUCUCCAAGAAAAAAGAAAAGAAAGAAAGAAUCUGAGGAGAAUUCAUCAUUGGAAGACAAUAAUUCUUUAGAAAAUCGGAACAAGGCACGUUGGAAUGACGAAGAGCAAUAUUCAAUAGGGAGAGAAAUUAAACAAAACUUUUCUAUGGAAGAGGAAAACCGAUCAGUUAUUAACCAGGAAGAAAAAGCUGGGCAUAGUAGUGGAAAUAUUGCUGGAAAUUUAGAGAAUAAUAGAAACAUAUCUGGGAAAGAUACAAAUGAAGACGAAUCGCCGCCAAUUAUAGAUUGUGAAAAGUCUUCGACGUCUGCAGAAAAUACAAUUAGAGAGAAACAAGCACGGGAAAAUCCACUAUCAAUGGAAGGAAUGGACGAAAAACAAUAUCCGAUAUGCUGGAGAAUAAAGCAAAACUCUUCUUCCCAAGAGGCUGAUGCAACCGCAUUUGAAACAACUGAAAAUGGACCCCUGCAACCUGCUCGAGAAAUGUUUUCACCGUCUCCAAGGAAAAAGAAAAGCAAGGAAAAUACCAAAGAAACCCAUUUCAUAAGGGAAGAGAAUAUAAAUGGAAGAGAAUCAUAUCUGAGCGAAAGCAACAGCAUCGGAUUGAAGAAAAAGCGAAAGAAAAGACUAGAAAUUUCCCAUGAUCCAUAUGAAGCGGAAGACCAAAAUCAAACAAAAAGCAAUGAAUCCCCCCUUAGAAAGGAAGGACCGGAAAAUUCCCUAGGAAUCGGACUCUCUGAAAGCCAGUUCUAUUCCAAAAGAGAAAUGAAAGAAGCAGAAUCGCCACUUCGUGAGGCCCAGCAACCAACAAGCGAAAGCCAAGAACCCGACUUAAGUUCCAAGGCCGAAUGUGGUAAGGGAAGAAAAUCUCCAAAGAAAAAGGAAAGCAAGAAAAACAUCGGAGAAACCCAUUUCAAUGGAGAAGAAAAUAUAAAUGGAAGAGAAUCAUAUCCGAGCGAAGACAACAGCAUCGGACUGAAGAAGAAGAAGAAGAGAAAGAAAAAACCAGAAAUUCCCCACGAGCCAUGUGAAGCAGAAACCGGAAAUGAGAGCAACAUCAAUAAAUCACGUUCAAUAUCUCCCCUUAGAAAUGAAGGGCAGAAAAAUUCCCAAGAACACGAGCCCUCUGAAAGCCAGAAGUAUUCCAAAAACGAAAUGAAAGAAAUAGAAACACCACUCCCUGAGGCCCAGCAACCAUUAAGCGAAAGCCAAGAACCUGACUUUAGUUCCAUGGACGAACGUGGUAAAGAAAGAGUAUCUCCUUCAUCGGAAAGCAUAUGGAAAGCUGUGGAAAAUGCAUUUAAAGAUUGGGAAAAUAGUGAUUGUGAAGGCGACAACAUAAGUGAUCAUAGCCACAGGAAGAGAAAUCAAACUCCCGUGGCAGAGGUAAAUUUGAAUAACCUCAACGAACCUGGCGAAAAUCCAUGUCAAUUAUCAAAUCAGCCAGCAGAGAACGUUUCCCAAACACCCGCAUUGCCAAAUCGAAAUAACCCGAUUGAAGAGAAUCAAACUGGUGUAAAACGGAAAAGAGGUAGACCCCGAAAACAUCCCCUUCCAGAAGUAAAUGAGACGGAAACAAAUAAAACACCCAAAUAUCGCGGUGGACGACCCAAGGGAGCUCGAAAUAAAACUCCAGCCGAAAGAGCUUUAGACCAGCAAAUGAAGAUGCAACGCAGAAAUAUCUUACCCAGAUCCGAAGAAGGUUUGUUGCUGAGAAAAAUUCCCCGUGAACGUUUAGAUGAGUCGCUGGCCAUACUCAAAGAUAAGAACAGUCCCGUUUGGGAAGAACGCAAUACAUCGUGUCUGGUUUCGAUACAUCGCCAUUGGGAGGACCCACUUAAACAAGCCUGCCAACAAAGAAUACGCUUGAAGUAUGCUCGGCAAUUUUUGUUACGCCGAGAUUGGGUUAAUUUGUGCAAGGUUUUGUGUAUCUCUGCCAAACAAAAAAUGCAUUACAAUAUCAGCUUUUAUCCGAUUUUGGCUAAGUUUGGAGCAAUGUGUUUGGCCCACAACAACGAGAAGGAAGAAUUUGAUGCCUUUAUGCAAAUGUUGGCCAAUAUAGAUGAUGGCAAAAGGGUGCUGAAAAAAAUUACCCAACUUCCGGUACAACAAAGCGAUGAAGAAUGAGAUGGGAUGUUCUUUAUUUAUGGUCUGUUUCUCAAAUCGAAGCGACUCCAAAGCCACAGGCUGAUAUGUAUGGAAAUGUGCAUUGAUUUUCCAACAACUGAAUGAGUUUUGUUGUUGGUAUGUAAUGAAUAUGUUAUCACAUAGGGUUCAUCCCUAGAUGUAAAUAAAAUAGAAAAAAUAUUUGUAUAUAAGGA